AUGUUCAUCGCCAAGCUCGGCUUCAUCUCUGCCCGCUCCGAUGCCUCCAAGUUCGUUUUACGGCAAGGCAACGAGCUCGCAUAUCUCCUCCUCUACGUCGACGACAUGGUGCUCACCGGCUCCUCCACGAUGCUACUGGAGUGCAUCAUCGGCCGGUUUCGUGCCGAAUUCGCCGUCCGCGACAUGGGACCUCUCCGCUACUUCCUCGGCAUCAGUGUCACGCGCACCGCCCAUGGAUUCGCCCUCUCGCAGCAGCAGUACACCGAGGACAUCCUCGAGCGUGCUGGGAUGGCCAACUGCAAGCCGAUCUCGACGCCGGUGGAUGUCAAAGGCAAGCUCCCCGCUGCGGAGGGUGAACCGGUCAGCGAUCCAUCCUCCUACCGGAGUCUCACCGGCGUGUUGCAGUACUUAACUGUUACGCGGCCGGACCUCGCCUACGCCGUACAACAGAUAUGCUUACACAUGCAUGAUCCAUGCGCGGGUCACUUGGCGUUCCUGAAGUGUGUUCUUCGGUACGUCCGCGGCACCACCGGCCUCGGCCUCCAUCUCCGUGCCUCGCCGCAUCUCGACAUCUCUGCCUACUCCGACGCCGACUGGGCCGGGUGCCCGGACAUGAGACGGUCUACCUCCGGCUACUGCGUCUACCUCGGCGACUCCUUGCUGUCGUGGUCGUCGAAGAGGCAGCCGACGGUCUCGCGCUCCAGCGCGGAAGCGGAGUACCGUGCCGUGGCGAAUGCGACGGCCGAGUGCAUCUGGCUGCGGCAGCUGCUCGGCGAGCUUCACUGCACCGUCGACAAGGCGUCCGUGGCCUACUGCGACAACAUCUUGGCAGUGUACAUGUCCGCGAACCCGGUCCAUCACAAGCGCACGAAGCGCAUCGAGCUCGACAUUCAUUUUGUUCGAGAGAAGGUCGCGCUCGGUGAGCUCCGUGUCCUUCAUGUUCCGACCACGCAGCAGUUCGCGGACAUGAUGACGAAGGAACUUCCUACAGUUCCUUCGGCAACAUUCGAAGACUUUCGAUCCAGUCUAUGUGUCACGGCGACUACACAUGAGACUGGGGGGUGUUGA